AUGUUCUCUGCUGGUGAUGACAAGCAAGUCAACUGCUGGGACCUUGUGCAGAACAAGGUUAUCCGAUCUUAUCAUGGUCAUUUGCAUGGCGUCUACUGUUUAGCUCUUGAUCCAACUUUGAACGUGUUACUAUCCGGAGGGCGAGACUCUGUCUGCAGGGUAUGGGAUAUCCGUGCGAACACGAAAGCUUUUGCACUCUCGGGACAUGACAGUGACGUUCUCUCCGUUAUCUCCCGUCCGACUAGCCCACAAGUUAUCACCGGGUCUGCGGAUUCAACCGUUAAAUUCUGGGACCUCCGGUAUGGCGGCAGGGCAAUGACGACUCUAACGAAUCAUAAGCGUAGUGUCCGAGCAAUGGCUCUCCAUCCGAGAGAGAAUGCUUUUGUUUCCGCAUCAGCUGACAACAUCAAGAAGUUUAGCCUUCCUAGGGGAGAGUUGUGCCACAACAUGCUCACUCAUCAGAAAGCCACGAUUAACGCAGCGGCUGUGAACGAGGAUGGAGUGUUGGUCACUGGAGGUGAUGCUGGAGGCUUAUGUUUCUGGGACUGGAAGAGUGGUCACAGUUUCCAGCGAGCAGAAACUAUUGUACAGCCUGGUUCGCUGGAGUGUGAAGCCGGUAUUUAUGCCGCGUGUUACGAUAAGACCGGUACAAGGUUGGUGACGUGUGAAGCAGACAAGACCAUAAAGAUGUGGAAGGAAGAUGAGAAUGCGACUCGUGAAACUCAUCCUCUCAACUUCAAACCUCCCAAAGUCAUCACACGCUUCUAA